AUGGAUCCCCAAAUCGAAGAACUGCUGAGCCUGGAGGCUGUCCGCUCCAGAGCGCACAUUGUACUCAAAUUGGCCGAACAAGGCGGGUUGAACCAUUUCAACUAUCACAGCGAGCGGAUGGAACAGACCACCGACUACGUACUUAAGCUUAUCCAGCGCGAUUUUGGCCCAGACAAAUACCAUCUCAUCCCACCCCAUGGCCGUUGGCAACAUUUCGAAGUCGGCGGGGUUCCCCGCAUAGACACUCUACUCGCUGAAUGGGAGGGGCAGGGAUGCGACACCACCGAGAAAGCCCGGAGACUGGUUGAUCUCUUCUUCGUUUCUGUUCUUCUUGAUGCCGGUGCUGGAGAUCAUUGGCGUUUCCAAGAGUUGCAGAGUGGUCAGACUCUAACCAGGAGUGAGGGUAUUGCCGUCGCGGCCUUGCAUAUGUUCCUCAAUGGGGACUUUGCUGGAAAAGGUUUUGAUGUUAAACAUACUGUUCAUGGUGAUGCAUUGCGGAAUAUUGAUGUUGAUAUCUUGUCUCGUGGAUUGCAAGUGACUGAGUCUAACCCAAUGGUUGGGGUUCCUGCGCGGACAGAUAUAAUUCGCAAACUUGGCGAAUCACUUCUCAAUGUGAAGGAUGUCUUUGGACCUACUGGUCGUCCUGGUAAUCUGGUUGACUUCCUUCUUAUUAAAUCGAAGGCAAAUGACGGAAAGCUUAACUAUGAGGACCUCUGGAAUGUGUUACAGCGACUCCUACUCCCCAUCUGGCCAUCUGACCGGACACACGUCAAGGGCCAACCCAUAGGCGAUGCAUGGCCUCUUCGCGCACUUGAAGAGCAGGGUGAUGCCGAGUCGAAGCCAUUCUCAAAUAUCCAACCUUUCCAUAAGCUGACCCAGUGGUUGGCAUACUCAUUGAUGGUUCCAUUCUCCCGUUUACUCUCAGUUUCAUGGACUAAUACCGAGCUUGGCACUGGUCUACCUGAAUAUCGCAAUGGUGGAUUAUUUGUCGACAUGGGUGUCCUCGAAUUGAAGCCCAAGGCUUUGAAGCGCGGACUUGAUUUGUCGGGCGGGUCUUUGCCCUCUUAUGGAGCGGGUGAUGACGAGAUUGUGGAGUGGCGGGCUAUGACUGUUGCCCUGUUAGAUGUACUUCAUAUCAAGAUUCUCGAAAAACUUGAUGGUGUUAAGCUUUCUUUGCCUCAGGUUUUGGAGGCUGGUUCUUGGAAAGCGGGACGUGAGCUUGCAGCGGCGAAUCGUCCUGAUACCAAGUCUAGUCCUAUUCUGAACUUUGGGGAUGGUACUUUGUUCUAA